AGUAAUCCCUGUUUUAUAGCCUACCAUAGGCUGUAAAUGAUUCUCCUGCUGUGCACUGAAGAGGCAAACUGACCCAACCUCUCCUCUCUGUCAGUGUUAAUAGACCUCCUCCCUGAGUGGGAGCUCGCGCUGCCUCAAACAGGUAUGACUGAUGACGUCAGCAAGGUGACACCCACCUCUCUUCCUCUGUCUGCUCCGGUGAGCUCUAACCAACGAGAACCACGCAACUCAGUUCCCGGUGGAGAUUUUUCCGGAAAGAAACUUGUCACGGUGCUCCCACGUUUGUCUCGUGAGGGACUUCACUUAAUCAGAUACGACGAUGAAGAUUUAUUCCUCGCGCAACGGACUUUGACGUCGUUCACAUUCUGCGCGUGAAGCCAGGAGGACUGACACGGACGUUCUAACAUCUAUUUGAAAACAAAGGUGGACAGAUCCAGCCCUCUGUCCAGGAUGUCCUCCAAGGGUAAAAAGGACUUGUGUCGAAUAUGUGGCGGGGGUCUACAAGGAAACCAAAGGCGCUGGCUGUUUGGGGGCCACAAUAAGAAGACAAAUCGGCCUCAGACCCCAACAGGCUCCCUGAGAGGAGGAAGCCUGUCCCGGUCGUCACUGAGCAGCCCCUGGGGUAGCACUUUAUCUCUGGCUUCCUCAGGGUCUCUCUCCAAGUCCCAGUUGUCCCUAAGCUCUCAGUCCAAAGGAAUGGAUCUGCUCUCAGUGUUGACUCACAUACUGGGGCAGUCUGUACCAAAAGGCAGGGGGCAGGGGGAGUUUGUGUGUGGCAAAUGUGUAAGCAUCCUUGAGCGUGUUUUCAAGUUUGACUCGGUGAUAUCCAGGGUGAAGAUGCUUUCAUCCGAGAGGCUUCUGAAACUUACUCAGGAGAGGGACAAGAUCAGACAGUGGGUGCGUCACAGCUACUGCCAGAGACACCCGCAAGACUUCAACAGCAGGGGCAGCACCAGCGAUGAGGAUGGAGAAGCGGAAAAGGAGGGUUACAGGGAGAUGCUCAGAGAGAAUAUGGCGCUCUCAGAGUUUGAGUGCUGGUCUGAGAAGUGGGACACUUGUCCUUAUUUUAUAAAAACAGGUAAAAGAUGCAGCAAGGGCAAAGGCUGUGAGGGCUGUGAUUCUUUACGGGUGUCAGACUCAGCUUAUGAGUCUGUUUGUGGGGUGCCUCGCCACUUGCCUUUUCAGCCGUUCUCCCCGUUGCCGUUGUCACGGGACAAAUCUCAGAGCAUGCCCCUCAAUUGGCAAAGGGUGCCAUCCAUUUGCUCCAGUCGAUCUUCACUUGCAGGGUCGACUCUGUCCUUACAAGCAACUUCCCGCACUGCUUCCAUCCAGUCUCUGGAUUCUCUCGAUGGAAAUGACCCGUUUGACUCACCGGGUUUUCACUUUGUGCUAAAUGAGCUCAGACGUAUUGAAGGGAAGCCGGUCAGUUCGCCAUCAGGGAGUAGGAUCCCAAUUCUGGGCAGGAAGGACGGGAGGUUCUUAGGAAAAACUGGAGAGAUGGUUUCACCCAGAGUGAACAGGGUGCUGAGCUUUGGGGAAGUGGAGAACGGAGGGGAUGCUAUGGGAGAAGACGGGGAUGUCCUAACAGAGCUGAGGGAUGAGUUCAUGCCUCUUCAUCGAGAGAGUACUUCUGGAAGGGUUCAACAUGCUGUCAAACACCUGAGAGGCCAGCUGGACCAAGCUGUGUCCCGCAUCAGGACCCUGGAGGCUGAACUGAAACAUGGGAAAAGCAAACCAACUGAAGUCAACGGAUCAGAAGACUGGGCCUCCUUGGUCCAGGAGGAAGGUGGUAGCUCUCUUCUCCAGAGCCUGGGUCACUCCCUGCACAGCCGGGAGCGUCUGAUUCAGGAGUGCAUGGGUCUGAUCAGAAGGCUGUGUGUGGAGGAGGGAGCAGGGACUGAGCUGGCCAACAAGCUGACUGAGAAACUGACUGAGAGUCUGAGGGAAGCUCUGUCUGACAACAAGGCUGCUCUAGAGACUUUGAGGUCAGACGUGACUGAGAAAGAGAAGGGACUGGAGAAAGAGAUCGAGGCCCUGAGGAAGGCUGGAAGAGACCGAGAGAGAGACCUGGACACACUAAACACCGUCCUGCAGUGCAACCAGGAUGUUAUCAAUGACCUACGAGUAGCUCUGGGAGAGAAGGAGCACCUGCUGGAGGAGGUGGAGAAGGAGAGGGAGGUGUGGAAACAGAAGGACCGGGCGCUCAGCACAGUCCUGCAAGAGAAGGAGGCUCUUAUUCAGUGUCUCAAAGAGGAACUGAAGAAGAAAGAUGCACAGGGGUUGACAGGAGGCGGGCCUCAGCUGGCAGCCUGGUUGGUGGAGAGGGAGGGAGACAGCGCCACCUUGUGCAACGAAGUCACCAAACUCACCACAGCCCUGCAGGAGUACCAGGACAUAGUGCAGACUCAGCAGGAGAGUCACAGCCAGACGGUGUCCUCUCUAACCGCUCAACUCAGAGACACACAGCAGGAGCUGAGAGAGAAAGAGAAGGAGAAGAAGGAGGCGGUUAGAGCCUGGCAGAACAUCAGAGAGGACAGGGAGAGAGCAGAGAGAAAACUGAGAGACAGUCUGGAGAAGAGAGACAAACUCAUUGAGCAAAUCUUGUUGGAUGCUGAGGAGCGGGAUCACCUGUUCAGAGAGCUGCAGCAGAACCUGCAGAACAAACGUGAACCUCUGACUGCCGUCAAACACACACUGUGAUGGAGAACUACUGCCCUGCAGUCCAACUGCACGGAAAUGGAAGAUUACUUUUGCACUUUCUGCACUACUCUGUCAGCUCUUCAGUGUAUUUAUUGUAGUGUAAAUUAAGUCAAUUUAUAUUUAUCUUUUGUAGGUUGAAUUUUCAGACCUGACUUGUUCUGGCACAGGCCAAAGGAAAGUUUAGUUUUCCACAGUUGUUAGUAACUCUCUGAAGUGAAUAAGUUAUUUCAGACUCAGAGUGUCAGACACAGCUUGAUUGUUUUCUGUGUGGAGGUAGGUACCUUCUUGUAGCUGUUUGUUUAGUACUUGAUUUAUAAAUGACCAAAUAACUGUAUCUAGUUAAUUUUUGAAUGUGAUGGGUCUAAUGGUUAGGUACUGAUUAGGUUCCAUUUCAUGCAGUGGGAUGGUUGACAUUUCUGAAUGGUGAUUAUUAGUCAAACUGAGGAUCAUUUAUGGGUAUAAUAUUGCAGCCAAUCAGAUUUCAACACCUGUACAGUGGUAUUGUGUGUUUAUCUUUUUACUUUCUUUUGUUAACUACAACCGAUCUGCCAAAAAUGCUAAGCAUUCCAGGAGGGGAAUAUCAGGGGCCAUAGUAAUAUUUUGAAAAACUGUCAUUUUCUGCUUUUGUACAUGUCUCGAGUUUUUUAUUGGGACUAUUCUCACUGUUAUUCAAAGUUCACGUUUCCUGUAUUGUUAGUCAGAGACUCACAACUGGAGACUUUUUCUUUCUUUUAUUUCAAGAGAAUUAAACACUCUGAGCCAAAAUACA